AAUGUUAACCAUUCUCAAGGCAUAGCACUGAGCUUCCUUCUGAAAGGAAUAUUACACAUGCAUUUAACGAAAAAAAGAGUAAAAAGUGAUAGUGUUAUCUGUGAGUUUUGCAAUUCGUGAGGAAUACUCAUUAGUUAAUAAAUGCAAUUGUAUUUUGUUUCGUUAUGUAAGACAGGAAAGAAAACGAGCGAUGGACAAAUUGUAUUUUAUUUAAUAUUAAUAGGAGAAGUUCGUCAACAACAGUGAAGACAUAUAAAAAAAUUAUUAACAGAAACAUUGUGGGUAGAAAAUUAAUCAAACGUCAGAUAAAAAAAAUGGCACAAGUAAAUUUUGAGGAUUCUCGCCCGUUCCCUGGACUUCCGGACAAUUUCAUUAACUGUCCCAUAUGCCGGAAAACUUUGCGAGCGCCUAAAUGUUUACCAUGCCUACAUUCCUUCUGCUUAAAAUGCUUGAACGCUCAUAUCAUUACGUCAGAGAGAAGAGACAACUGCUUCUUCUGCCCUGUAUGCCAGGAACCAACACCUGCACCGGACACAAACCUCAAACCGGAAGAAUGGGCAAAACAUUUUAAAUCAAACACGCUAGUGGAUUCAGUAAUGGACGCCGUUGACUUGAAGAAGGGUGAGCGGAAGUGCGACCCAUGCAAGAAUACGCACAAGUUAGCCAAUGCAUUCACUUGGUGUACAUCGUGUCGUGAAGCACUGUGUCCAACAUGCUCUAACAGCCACCGGGGAAUGCGUCUUACACGAAGUCAUGUUCUCAUUGAUAUAAAUAGAAUCAAGUCGCAACCUGUAGCCGCCAUUAUAAAGGACGAAAAAUGCCCAGAUCACGAAGACCAAUUUAUGCAAUACUAUUGCAAAGACCAUAAGCAGCAAUGUUGUCCUGUCUGUGCAGUUGCCGUCCAUCGUAGGUGUGAGAACGUAUUUGAUAUGGCAAAACUUGGUAAGGACAUCCGAACUCAACAGAAAGGCGAAAAGCUGUUAAAACGCUUACACGCAUGCGUAGACGCUCAACAGGAAGUACUCUCCAGGAAGACCGAAGCACGUGAUGCUCUCGGACAAAAGAAGAGCGCCAUUCUCCAAGAAAUUAGAGAUCUCAAAACAAGCUUAAUCGAGCUUCUUGGUACCAUGGAAAAUACAUUUUUGAACGAAUUUGAUUCUUUACACCAAUCUCGUGUUGUCGAGAUUCUGAAUACGAUAGAAGAAGGACAAAGGGCGGUAAAGGCUAUUUUAGACACGAUCUCAAUGCUUGAGGCUGCAAUAACACAUGGGUCUGACUCACAACUAUUUAUCACAUUCGAAAAGAUAAAGGAAGAAUGCCGUAGAUUUGAGAAACUUGCUGUGACUAAUAAUAAAGAACCUAAGGAAAUCGUUUAUACAUUCAAAAUGGACGAGCGGUUAAAGUCCGUAGCAAAUACAGUACGUAAAUUUGGACACUUAUCGGUCGAGAAUGAUCAUCAUCCAUCCAAGGUUAUGUCGUUCAGAGAUGCAACUAUUCGUGAAACUGGAAUCUUUGGAGCCAGAGGGCCAUUUGAUGAUCUCAGAGCGGUCGACAUUUUUCCCAACGGCGAUAUCAUUAUCGGCGAUAGAAUGAGUAAAUCAGUAUUAUUGUUCCAUAACAACGGCGACUUUGUGUGUCAUACCAACUUCAAAACGCGACCCUGGGGAGUGGCUGUUCUCGGGGUUCGGACUGCGUGCGUGUCUUUACCGGAGAGUAAAGAAAUACAUAUCUUAAAGUCAUCUUUAAGCGAAAGGACCCUUGAAGAUUACAAGACGAUAGAAACUAAUAUAAGCUGUUUUGCAUUGAGCAACUUUUCGGGAGAAUACAUUUCUAUUCAACACCAAAUGGAGAAAAAUGAAAAAGGUCGCGUGCAGAUAGGUCAGUCAGAUAAACAGCUACAUCACAAAGUCGCAGUUGAUAUCACCGCUAAUCAUGAAAACGUCCAAGGUAUUGCGUUUGAUGAAGCAACAAAUAAAAUAUUCAUAGCUACUGAUAUAGACGCCAUUGAAUGUUACAGCGGCCGUGGUCGAAUCCUCUUCCGGAAUACUUACACAGGAUGCGGAGACUUUCGCGGAAUGUGUGUAGAUCGUCAAAGUAACGUGUACGUUGCUUCACACGCAAACAAAGGAGUUCUGCAGUUAACGAACGAGGGAGAGCGAAUCCGAAUGAUCUCGACGUCACCAUUAGCGCCGCUAGACGUCGCUGUAUCUCCAAGAGGAAACAAGAUGGUUGUAGUGGGAAGAAGUGACCUUGUGUACAUCUAUACUUUUAGAUAGACAUUUACAGAUUUUAGAUAAUGAAUCAUUUAGAUCUUACUUGUGCAUGAUACCAAUUAUCGUACAAGUCAAUGUCUCCUUGGAAGAUAUCAGUGUGUAAUAUACGUUGUGGUACAAUACUUAUUUCCUUAUCGUGACUUUCAAAUCAAUUGUGUUACAGAUUUUGUCUUAUUUAAUAUUAUGAAUAAUGUUUUAACGAAUAGAUUUAAAUAUUUGACGAUAAUACACAAAAUCUGCAAAAUUAUGUGGACUACUUUUCAGUAUAAACGGGUGAGAGAAAAAAAGACUAUGUUUAAUGUAAACCAUAUCUUUUAAAUUAAUUUGUUAAUGCGAGAUUUCUUUUAUUUAUGUUUCAACGGAAUCAGUUACUUGCAAGAAUAGUUUUUAUUUGCUGAUUAUGUUGCACGUUUGUUACGUUGCUUUUCAUUAGGUAAUCGUGACGUUUAUAUACGGGUUUAUAUACGAAAUAAUGUUUUGUUUACCCUUAAAAAAGUUAUUCUGCUGUGUUCUAAAUUGGUCAUUAUUAAGGGUGUUUGACAUGAUAUUUGGCCAUUUAUAAUACUGCACGUUUGUACCGUCGCUUUUCAUUUGAUAAUCGUGACGUUUAUAUAAUUUUAUAUACACGACUGUCGAUUCAUAAAUAAAUCUGACUUUUUUCUCUAAAAAAUGAUGCUUGCUGUAUUACAGAUUCGUUAUAAAGAUUGCUGAAAGGUUAUAUGGCCGUAUAUAAUCGGCUAUUCGCAACAUAACCCGAUCCGCUAUUUACAAAAUGCCGUUUAUAUAGGGUCAUAUAACCUGUCAACAAUCUUUAUAACUAAUAAUGUAAACGGAUUGUUGCAAUAUAACCGUCGCCUAAAGGCUUCAAUUAUACAACCUUGCAACCAGUUAUUAAUCUGACUUGUAAAUGGAGAAAACUAGUAUAAAUCUGAUAUUGUGACAUACAAGGGUUGUCUCCCUUCUAAUUGCAUCUUAUUAUAUGAGCCAUUUAACUUGCCGGAUAUCCUUAUAACAAAAAAUAU